AUCAUCGGCGUACAUAUCAUCUUAGCUGCUCAAAACAUCCCAUAGGACCCCGACUCGCCAUGUCACUGCCCACAUUCCUCGUCGGAUCAUGUCGCACAGCCAUCUCGAGCACCAGCUCGGCUCGCAUCCAAACCGUUCGACGGACAUUCACCAGCUCUUCAGUGACACUGGCUAAACGUGUGAAAGGCCCCAUCAUCAACCCGGAUGCCAUGCCGAUCCGCGAUGCAGCCUCCGUACUGAAAGCACUAGAAUCCGACCGCCCAGACAACGCAUUCGAGAUCGAGAUCAUCACCCGGGUCGACAAAUCCGCCCCUCCCCUUCGAGGCCGAGUCUCUCUACCCAGGGACGUACGGCGUAAAGAAGAAGUCGUCCUCGUAUUUGCCGAAGGCGACCUUGCUACCCUCGCCCUCUCCGCCGGUGCGACCCACGUAGGCGGGGAAGAACUCUGCGCACAAGUCCUCUCCGGGGAGAUCCAGCCUACGAAGGUGAUCUGUACGCCAUCGUUGUUGUCCACGAUCACGCCAAAGGUGGGGAGGUUUUUGGGACCGAAAGGGUUGAUGCCUAACCCGAAGAGGGGGACGGUCAGGGAGGAUAUGGAUGUGGCGGUUCAGGAGGCGAAAGGGUUGAUGGACUGGAGAGAGGAUCGACAGGGACACGUUCGGGCGGCCAUCGGCCGAAUACAUUUCCCCACCCAAGACGUAGAAGCCAACAUCAAGCAUUUCAUCAAAGAAGUCCGACAGACGCAAUCGCGGAACGCUUCAGAAACUUCUAAACCCCAAAAAGGCCCUUCGAUCACCCGUGUCUCUCUAGGGUCGACACAAGGCCCGAGUAUCGAGCUCAAAGAGUACUAAAUCCGGCUUUCUUCACGAUCGAACGUCACGCGUGUACCGUGCAUAUCAUGAUACACCUCAGCAUUUGACGACCGAAUCGUCGGACUACGGUUCAUUCAGAGCCUGCGCAGCAUAAUUCCGGUUGUUGAGGGUCUAUCCUACAACGAGACUUGGUUUGAGCCGGGACGACGUGGAGGAUUGAUGUCUGUUUCAACCUGCAGA